GAAUGAUUGUGUGUGUGUGUGUGUGUGUGUGUGUCGGGCAGCAGCCCUGGCUGAAAGGACGUGCGUGUCUGUGAGUGUGUGUGUGUACUCUAAGAAAGGGGUUUGUGGAUUACACUCUCGGAGUGAAGAUUAACACACUUUAGGGGCAACUCUGCGGACGCAGUCAUGUACUGUGUGCACCCCAACACUCCGUCUGGCAACUCCCGUGUGCACUACUACAACGGCAAAACUGCAUAUGCUCCACCUUCCGUAUCAGAGGGACUCUCUCCGUCACAUUCCUCCACCAAACUGCCUGGCACCGCCAUCAGCAGCUUACUGCUGGAUGGAGCCACCAACUCUCCCAAUCUCUGGAGCUCGUCCAAUGGGAUCACACUGUCGGGUCACGGAGCCACGCUGGGGACUCAGUGCGCUGGCCAAUCACUGUCAGGAAACUAUGGCAACGUGCCAUCACACAAGCGGCAGAGUUUGUCUCCUCAUGCCAUGUCGAUGUCCAAGGCCAAUAAGAGCCUCCCACCCAUGUCCACCUUCCACCGGACCAGCGGCAGCAAAGCUGUACUGGCCACAGGAGCCCAGCGCUUCAUCGCAUCUGAAGGCUCUCAGACUGGGGACGCUCUGGGCAAAGCGCUGGCCUCGAUUUAUUCUCUAGACCCGAGUGGCAGCUUUAGCUCCAGUGCGUCCACUCCAGUCAGGUCUCAAUCCCCCCUCACCGCAACCACAGGAUCUAGUCCGUGGCCACCUGUGACUGUGCAGACCAUCCUGCCACCAUGCUAUGACACCAUGCUGCACUCUGUGAUGGAGGACCGGUUGGACAGACUGGACGACGCCAUUCAUGUCCUGAGGAACCAUGCUGUGGGCGAGCCCUUCAGCACCUUAACCAAUGAGCUGCACAGCCCUCUGCCUCUCCCUGGCCACGAACCAAUCACUGCCAUACGACCAAACUUCUCCACAAGCCAAUCCUCCCCAGUGGUAGGACCAGCGAGAGGUGAACCAGCCAAUCCCUCUCCUCUUUCCACCCCCAGGAUCCCGCCUACAGCAGACCUGACCAAUCAGGGAGAUGGAUUUCGAGGAAUUGACUCACUGCUGCUUCCUGCGGCACUGCCUGUGGGGUUGGGGUCCGCAGCCAGAGUGCCACUGGUGCUGAAGGUGGAGACCAUGGAGGGGGAUACACACACUCACACACUCUUACACACACACUCCUCCUGUGAGUUCAGGUCAGAUGAAGACAGCGACGCUAGAGAAUCCAAAACACCAGGGGAGAUGACCACCAGGAACAGCAUCCACGAGGAUGAGGACCUGACCCCGGAGCAGAAGGCAGAGCGGGAGCGGGAGAGGAGGCUGGCCAAUAACGCACGAGAGCGUCUGCGUGUGCGCGACAUCAACGAGGCGUUUCAGGAGCUCGGCCGCAUGUGUCAGCUGCACCUGCAGAGUGAGAAGCCGCAGACCAAACUGCUCAUACUGCACCAGGCUGUCACCGUCAUCCUCAGCCUCGAGCAGCAAGUCAGAGAGCGGAACCUGAACCCCAAGGCUGCGUGUCUGCGCCGGCGAGAGGAGAGUGUGACUCCGCCCACUCUGGACCCCCAGUCUGUCCACGCAGCGCUGCACGUCGGCCUGCCGGACACACUCACCGGCCCCCUCUGACCUGGCCAACGCAGAGGGCGUGAUCCACCAGAAGGAGGCCGAGGGACUGACAACAGCUUGUGGACAACACCAUGGCGAUGGCGUGAACAUUCCUGGGGACAGCCUGAAACACAUACACGCAGAGAGUCACACACAUCACACAUACAUACACACACACACACACACACACACACACAAACACACAGCCUGUGGACAACACCAUGAUGUGGACAUUCCUGGGGACAGACACACAGUAGCACAGCAAUUCCUAUGACCAGACUGGAAAAGACUUACUGUAGUCUCCCCCUUAAGUGCACCUUGUGCAGUGAAUCAGUAUUUGCUUAGAACAAUCAGCCACCGUUUAGCAGUGGAUAUGAAUACUACAUUCUCACAUGACAAUCUCACCUGAGAGACACCGUAUUUCUCCCGUGUAGCAUGUCCACGCUUGAGAAGUGUUUUUUCUAAAGCCAGUGUGUGUGUGUGUGUGUGUGUGUGUCAACUGGUGAUUUGGGUGCCGAGAGGACGUCAUAGGACCAGUCAUAAAGAAUAUGGUGUGUCUCUGUGUGUGCAUGUGUGUUCCAUUCCAUUUUCUCAAUUUUUUUUAUUUUAUAACAUUAGCAUCAGUAGAUAUCUAGUCUGUCCAUAAAGCCCACAGUUUGAUAUUUCUGGUAUUCAUGACAAUAUUGGUGUCUGAGACUGCAUAUGUUGUGAACUAACCCUUUAAACAUGCCGUUCCUCUGGUUAUCCUCUAACGUCUUACACACCACAGGGCUUCCCAAACUAUAUCUAGACUAUUACCAAAACAAAACAGCUGAUUGUCUUCUUUUGAAUUCUUUUUUAACUUUACCUCUUCUUAUUGUACUUGUUUGUCCAGAGUUCUAUUGGAAGGUCACUCGCAGGAGUGCAGACAUAAGAGAGAUUUUAUUAUCUAAAACAAAGGUUUAAAACGCUUUCUUCUGUAUGAGCUAGGCUACAAGCUGAGCAUUAUAGGAUGCAGUAUAUUAAGUUAGGUUACAUGUACUUUUGUAGACAUAUGACUUGCUCUUUUUAUACACUAUCACGCUUUCCGCAAAGGUGUCAGUUGAAUACAUGUCUAUGUAGAAUUUCGAAAUAAAGAUACUCAGUGAAAA